CUGCAGUCUUCAUAGAGAUAUGGCAGACAUACAUGCGCUAGGUAUUCUCUCAGAUAGAAAAAAAGCUCACGGUAAAUUUAGUGAUCUACUGAAGUCGAAGGAAAAAUUAGAAAUAUUGAAUUUAAAUCGGGAUGUCUCGAAUGAAACUGAAAUAUCCUCGAAAAAAAUUGAUGAAAUCAAGGAGUACAUUUCAAAUAUUCAUAUUGAAAUGCAAGCUCUGGUGGCAUUGCUACAAACAUUUACAAUCCAGCUGAGUGAAGAAAUGAAAAUGAUGAUGGCGGAGGGGUUGUUUGAAGAAGAGAACGAUGAAAGAAAAGAAGGACCAAGUGCCAAAAAGGGUGUAAUGCGAUUUAUUAAUGUUUCCCUGUCAAAGAUUCAAGUGUCCCAAAACAGUAGUGCCUCAGUUCGACAAAUAAAUAAGGAAAAGCUAGAAAAGCUUGCUACUUUUCAAAAAAUGGCGAAACAACAACAGGAUUUACAAGAAUUUAUGAACAAAACAUCAGAAAUGAUACAAAAGAUUGAGAAUGAAACGGAAUUGGGGACCCAGGAUAUUAAGGACAUUAACAAAGCUCUACAUGAAUGGUCAGACGGUUUAGAAGAGGAAAAAGAUAGAAAAGAACGCAAACGGCGAGAACGGGAAGAAGAGAAACGUAAAGCUGAAGAGGAAAAAAGGCAGAAAAUCGAAGAGGAAAGAAAAAAAAAAGAAAGGGAAAAACAAAAACGUAUAGAAGAAGCAGAAAAAAGAAGAAAAGAAGCUGAAGAGAAAGAACGUCAAAAGAACGAAGAGAGAAAACGCAAAGAAGAAGCAGAGAGAAAACGCAAAGAAGAGGAGAGAAGAAUAGAGGAAGAGGAGAAAAAACGUCAAAGGGAGGAGGAAGAGAGGAUCAAAAGAGAAAAAGAGGAAAGGCAACGUAAAGAGGAAGAAGACAAAAAAAGGAAAGAGGAAGAAGAAAGGAAGAGGAAUGAAGAAGAAAUCAGGAAAAUUGAAGAACAAAGACAAAAGGAAGCAGAAAGACGGCGUCAGGAGGAAGAAGAGCGGCGAAGAAGAGAGGAAGAAGAAAUACAAAAAAGAAAAAAAGAAGAAAAACGAAAACGGGAAGAGGAAGAGAGACUCAAGAAAGAGGCAGAGGAAAGGCGGCGUAAAGAGGAAGAAGAAGAAAAAAGAGCAAAGGAAGAAAAAAGACGGAAAGAAGAACUGAAGAAGAAAGAAGAAGCAGAAAGGAAAAGAAAAGACCCCAACAACUGGCCAAUUUUUAUAUACCACAGAGAGGAGGGAAAAAAUUCAUUUCACUGUGGUAUUUGUUGUGUAGUAUCGGCAAUAGAAAACAAUCCACCAUUGCUCAAGGAUGACUUGAUUUGUUCGUUCUCUGAUAAACCACAGGACCUAAACAAAUGCAUGGAAAGCAAAGAAGAAAUUCUAAUGUCAUCGUUGAUACAGAUUCAAGUUAAGAAUGACAUUGAAAUGUCAUUUGAGCUGCCUUUGAGAAUAUACAUACCGCAUGCCAUUUUACCAGCAAAUAGAGACAUUGUCCUCAAAGUAUCCAUAAACGACGGAAAAUGGGUUUCAAAGCACAACGUUCUUGAACCUACAACAAACGUAUCGAAGGUGUUAGAAAAUCUAGCGGGUGGCAGUUUCCAAAACUUUAAAAGAAUAAAACUGAUAGCCGUAUCAAAGAUAAGAAGGGAACACAUGACCGAAAAUGGAACAAGCAGCUGCGUUACCUCUAAGGUCAAUUCAGAUAUCAGCAUCGGAAUCCCAGGAAACCAUCUUAAAAAAGACACCAGCUUUCAUUUGAAGGUAGAUGAUGAACAUUUUAUUCCAAGAACAGGAAUUCAGAGUGAGGGCAAUCAUAUUAUGAUGGCCACUCCUCUUCUGGGAGUAGACUUUGAUGACGUCAUUGAAAACGACUAUGUUAUGGGAAUUCAACCUAAUUAUGUCAAGAAAACAGUGUUUAAUACGAUGUACCCCAGAGUUUUGCACGAAUGUUCUCAGAAACUUGCCACAGACAUGGCAAUUGACGAAAUUCUUCAAAUUAUCAAGAACAAAAAUUUGCUCAGUGACGAAACGAUCAACAACAUAAGAAGUAAGAAUACAAAUGAAAUGAAGGUGAGAGCACUUUUGGAUGAAUUCAAAGAUUGCAAUGCUGAAGCAUUUGAAAAUAUGCUAGAGACUAUAGAGAGAGCAAAUCAAGGCCAUCUUGCAAAUUAUUUGCGGGAUUGGCUAGAUAAAAUCCAAAACGAGGAAGCUGAGGUGGGAAAUGAUUUCAUUGACUUUACUCAACCAGUGCUUCAAAUUGCAUCAAGUGUUAAUAACGGAAAGUGGGAAGUGGUGGAUUUGAAAUCAACGGCAAAUCUACCAAAUGCCGUAAAUGUUCCACUACCAGCGCACGGACAAAGUUUUGAUAUCUUAGGCCUCGUUGUACCAAAGGCGAUGACACGGGAUGGAAUUUGUAGUAAGGCAGAGGAAAUAUAUCGAGGAGCAUAUCAGACACUGAUCCGAUUGAUUGUUAGACAACAUGUUGAUGAUCCCACAGAUGUGUAUAUUCGUUGUGUGGAGGCCUCCAAAAGUCAUGCAGCACAACACGAACUGGAAAACGAGGGCUAUAAGUCUGGACCAACUGAAAUGGCUGAAUUUGGAAUCUGUGACAACGAGGAUAUUUUCUUAACGGCAACAGGAAAUAUUGCUUUUGUUUCAAAUCCAAAUCCUCUUAAAUUCUUCUUGAACUUUGAUAUAGCAAGUCUGCAAGUGAAAGUAAAUAUCCAAAACAAAUAUGCACAAAGUGGUUGUCCAAAAUACUAUGGUGAGGUAAAAUAUAAUGUCGGGGAACAAGACCAAAAACCGCCAAGAUCGGGAUCAUUCGUGGUAUAUCUACCAAAGGAGGCAGAAUUUCAAAGAUAUGCUCCUUUAGCAUUGGACAUACCUGUGAAAGCCAUGGCAAAGUUUAUUGCUCUUCAUGUGACCAGUGGAAAAUUCGACAUCCAAGACUUGUACUCGAGAUUGACUGAUAAUCCACGGCAACUGAGGAGCAUUAAAUUGAGAGCACAGAAAGAGGACCUGACAGGAACAGAGAGGAAGAUAUGUGAGGCAUUCAUCAAAAAUUGGGCGAAUGUAAGACCCAAACAGGAAAAUAAGGUUGAUACCCUACUGCGAAUUUUGAAAGGAUUUGCCCCAAACCUUGCACAGCGUGCUGAAGAUUUCAUCAAGUUAUACACUGCUGGAAAAGGAGCUCCACUUGCAAACACCGGCAUUGAAGAGAUGUCCAACCUUCUAAAAGACAAGUGGAAGGAUCUUGCUUCGAAACUUAACUUCGAGGAAGAUGAAAUCAAAGCAAUGGUGAUAGACAUACCAGACGAAAAGAGAAGGGCAUUACAUGUAUUAGACAAGUGGCGACUUUCUGAUUUUGCCAUUGAGCAAGAUACAAAUGUUGUCCGCUACUUGUACAAUGUCAUGCUUGAUUGUGGGUGUAAUCAAAACCUUUUAUCUAUGUUGCAACAGCACUUAUAAACUUUCACAAAAUCCCUUAUCUUAUCAAAUAUUGCUUGAACAGUCAAUUUUACAAACCUUUUUAGUUAUUUUACCUUACAGUCGCUAAUAGAAAAUUAUUUAUCUCUGCUUCUGUUCUCUGUAACAAUUAUCUUCAACUCUGUCGAGAUUUUGUUUUCUCGUGUAGAAGCUUUUAAAUUACAUCUGCCUCGUAGGAAUAUAUUAAAUGUCAGCUGACAAAGCAACACAAUUCGUGUCCAUGGGAAUUCCAACAGACUAUGGGAGAACCUGAUCACCAAAAACUAUGAAGAUAAUGUCCUUGAGGAGCUCCAGAUUAAGUUCUAUCGCCAAUUGAAAGAUCGUGGCUCUCUGAAUUUCGAACCUUUUGAAAUAAGUGAAUAUAGCUCAUCGUUUGUAACUAUAUCGACAUUACCAGUAAUGACAUAUCCAGUUGGACUACAGUUGGAAGAACAAAAACAUUUAAUAUUAUUUUGCAUAAUAUCUAUAUCUAGACACAGUUAGAUUUGUUUUUAAUCAAAAAGUUUAAUGCAAUAAUAGGAAAUACAAAUGAAGGCUUGAACUUGAAAUAUGAUUAAAUACUAGACUGAUCUUUCAUAUGACGAAAAAUGUUGCUUAUGUUAAGGGCAUCGAUUCCUUUGUUAAUAAAUUUUAGUUUAAGGAACUGACAGAGUGAUUCAGAAAUAUUAUCAUCCGUAACCCGCCGUGGUUUUAAUAAGAGCCUGUGUUGGACAACAUCCACAAUCACAUAAUUCAGUCUGCAUUCUGGUGUAGAAAAACCAAAGUAUGGGCUAGUUUUCACUUCUUCAGAUAACGUAUUUAAAACUUUCAAUGGUACAGAAUUAAAUUGUGUACGAAUGUUAUGUAGACCUAAGAUUAAAGUGAAUCAAAUGCG